UUAUCACUAAGGAAUGAUGGGGCGUGUCCAGCCUCGAUGCAGCAGCCAAUCAUUUUGCAGCGGGGUGUGUCCUGGCAAGAGGCAAUGGGAUUUAUAAUAACGCACCCCCAUCAUCGUGAGUCCCCCCGCAAAUUAUUGUGAAGUCUUCGUCCUAAAUUGUUGUUAAAUACCCCCACCCCCGGUUCGUGCACUAGACGAUCUGAAAGGGAAUGCGUAGUAACGCUUAGGCGAAUACAAAGAUUGGUUGGACUUGGAUACAAUUUUGCAGUCUUUGAUGGUGGUCGUGAAACCAUCGUAAAAUGUAUUUGAUGGAGAUACCGUGUCAUAUAUUCUAGGCGCCACCUCGUUGCACUUACGGAGACCAGCUCAACCUUACGAACUUAAGAGAUGCCUGAAGUUUGGGAACUUUCUGAGGCUUUGCCAGAGCUGCCCAUGGACCCAAUCACUGGAGUUGGUGUUGUAGCCUCCAGGAGCAGAGCACCAACUGGUUAUGAUGUUGUUUCAACAACAUCUGAUGGUCUGGAUGCUGAUCUGUGGAAAGAUGGACUUUUCAAGUCCAAGGUGACCCGAUACCUGUGCUUCACCAGGGUAUUCUCAAAAGAAAAUAGCCAUUUAGGUAAUGUUCUUGUUGACAUGAAGCUGAUCGAUAUAAAGGACACCCUGCCUGUGGGCUUUAUACCAAUCCAGGAGACUGUUGACACUCAGGAACAGGCAUUCAGGAAGAGGCGACUCUGUAUCAAGUUUAUUCCAAGAGACUCUACAGAGGCAGCCAUCUGUGAUAUUCGUAUCCUGGGAAGAUCAAAGCAGGCUCCCCCACAAUACACCUUCAUUGGAGAGCUAAACAACAUGGGUAUCUGGUAUCGUAUGGGAACUGUGCCACGAACUCAGGAAUCCUCUCACACAUCAGGUGUGACUGACAUCCAGAAUGUGAAUUCUAUCUCCACUUCAGCUUCUGUCCCACCAGCAUCCGUGACUAAGCAUUUUUCCAUGACCCUCCCGGCCAGUUUCAGAGGAAAAAACACAACUCGACCAGAUUAUGAACACCAAAAUUCCAACCUCUACGCAAUCUCUGCAAUGGAUGGAGUGCCAUUCAUCAUCUCUGAGAAGUUUUCAUGUGCCUCAUCAGAAUUGCAGCAGAUGGAUCUCAUUGGGAUUACGAUCAAAACAUUGGCUGAAAUUGAGAAAGAAUAUGAUUACAGUUUUCGUACCGAACACAGCGCUGCAGCACGGCUCCCACCCAGUCCAAGUCGAACACCCCUGAGCUCUGAGGCCUGAUGAACCGAACUACUACCUUCACCACUUUCUCCAGCAGGACAGAACUGUUCAAGUCCACUGUUGGCCACUCUACUAGACUUUCUUCGAUACACUCCACUCAUCCACAAUUGUAUUGAGGAAUAAAUGGGGCAACACUGAAUUUGUAGAA